AUGUCUUCGCAGCCGCCGACACGUUACCCAUUAGCCAAACCUCCACCAAUCCCUCCCCAUCGCAAAGGACGCCCACUUCCCGAACACUCGUCCGCCGUCGAGGAACGACCGUCAUUACCCGUUGCUCCAGCGACGGAACCACAUCUUGCGCCGCGAUAUGCGUUGGAUGUGGAGGAUACCGAUAGCUCGAUUACCGCGCAAGAUAGUAGCACGUACUACUCGGCUUCGGCCGGCGAGAGUCAUGCUACGGGAGAGGAGGGUACAGAGACUGCGACGGAUGCAGCAACAUAUGGAGGGAGUUCCUCGAAUCAAUCAUCCGUAGAAAGACCAUCUAUACCUCCUCCUCCACCACCACCGAAAUAUCAUCAUGGGAGACAACGCGCGGCGUCUACCGCUUCCGUGCUGACCGCAAACUCCUCCUCAACCCUCUCCGACGAACCUGUUUCAGUAACGCCCUCAAUAGCAGCCAUCAUCGCCCGCUUCAAUGAAGCACCGGACGACAAUCCACCGAGUCCACGAAAGAAACCGCCGCCUCCGCCGGUACGACCACGAAAACCGAGGCAUUUGGCGAGUGGUAGCACGAUUGAAAAUGCGAGUGUUAUUGCAAAUGCCUCCACGACCACGGAGUCGAGUGUUUCGCUAUCAGCACAAGGGACUGGUUCGACUGCGAGUGUAUCUAUACUUCCCCCACCACCGCCGCACUCGGCUCCCCCACCACCUGUACCCGGUACAUCAACCACCACGCCGCCGCAGAGUCCAGCACGCUCCGCACCGCCUCCAGUGCCCAACGCACCACCACUCGUCCCUCCCACACCUUCCACACCACCCGUACCCCCGAAAGAUGAGCCUGGAAAGUUGGAACUGCCGAAAUUACCGGGAGAAAUGAUGAAAUCAGGACGCCCGAGGUCGACCAGUCUGAGACCCGAGUUGAAUUUGGGGGAUGAGUUUUCGGCUAGGAGGGCUACGAUUGCGGCUGCGUUGCAGAGUCUCUCACUAGGACCUGCGGUAUCGCCGGCUGGUACUCCUGGUGGGCCAAGAACGCCGUCGGGGGCUGGGACGGGGGCGUACUUUGAUGGUGAUGAGGUGGGGGUACGGGUUGAGAGUCCGUCAUCUGCUGAAGGAUCUGCGUUAUCGCCGUUGGCUGUCCCUGGGAUGGGUAGGCCGGGUGGACAUGGGCAUGUACGGCAGCUCUCGGGGCACAUGCAGACAUUACUUGCUCCACCGACCGCAUCACCCUCUAUGCCUGCGUCACCGACGUUUAGUGUUGAGGAGGGCGGGUUCAGCGUCGAUGAGAUUCAAGAUCCUGUACGCAGGGCCGACGAAAAGAGGAAGCGGAAGAGAAGGAAUGUCAUCAUGGAGCUAGUCGAAACCGAGGAGUCGUUCUGCCGGGAUUUGAUGGUCGUGGAUGAAUACUAUCGACAACGGACGGCAUAUUGUCCGCAGCUGUCGAUCGAGGAUGCGCAUUUGUUCUUUGGGCAAGUUCCGCAGUUGAUUGAUUUCGCGCAGGACUUUAUGGAAAUCAUGAGAAGUGCCGCGGAGCCUGUGUUUGAGAUGAAGCUUACUGAGACGGUGGACGAGGAUACGGUUGAGGAACAUAAGAGUUGGGUCGGUAAUGCAUUUAUUGAAAUGAUUGGCAACAUGGAGAUUGUGUAUACGGAUUAUUGUGCGAAUCACGACGCUGUUGCUACGAGACUUGUCAAGCUUGAGCAAGACCCUGCUGUGAAGAAGUGGUUGGAUGAGUGCACUGCGCUUUCGAAAAACCAUACCAACGCGUGGGAUUUGGGGAGUUUGCUGAUUAAACCCGUUCAGCGUGUGCUCAAAUAUCCGCUUCUGCUACACCAAAUCCUGGAAAGCACACCGACCACGCAUGAGGAUUUCCCAGCGUUGAAACAGGCGGUAAACGAUGUCAUGGCGAUGGCAGAGCGGAUCAAUGAUGUCAAGAGAAGGAAGGAUCUGGUUCAUAGGAUCGUUGGGAAGGGGAAGGGUGAGGGGGAUGUACGCCGUGGCUUCACGAAGGGGUUGUCGAGGAGACGCGAGCGUCUUAAGCAGUCUAUUGGGAUAAGUGAACCGAUCGGCCAACAAGAACUCUACCACGCUCUUCACGAAAAAUUUCGACGUCAGGAAUCGCAAAUCCAGCAGCUCGCCAAAGAUGUGGAUAGGUGGUUAUGUGAAAUGAAAGUGCAUUUGGGUGUGUUCUUGAGAUGGGCAUAUGCGAUGAGGGAGUGGGUCGAGUGUGUACCGCUUGUCGGAGGAAUGAGUAAGAUUGCCGGAGCGAGGUGGAGGAUGUUUGAGCUGGUCGUUGCGCAGAUGGAAGGGCGUGCCUUCGAUGAGUUGGAGCAUGUGGUACGGAAAACGGUUGUUGAGCCGUUGGAGAGUGUGGGCGGGAUGUACGCCAACCCGGCCAAGUUCGUAUUGAAACGAGAGAAGAAGGCGUUAGAUUUCGCGAGGGUGAAGGCGUUGAGGGUAAGAGGGGACAUGCCUGAUCCGCACCUUGCGAAAUCUUCGGAGACGUUCGUGUUACUCGACAAAACACUCCAGCACGAGCUCCCCAAGUUUCUUGAACUGAGCCGGUCUGCUGUUGACGUAUGUCUACAAGCUUUUGCUGCGGCACAGAAAGAUUGGUAUGCGAGUUGGAAGGAUAAGUUGAUCGGGUUGUUGCCAGAGUAUGGGAAUGAGGAUCGGUUUCAGUUCAUUGAUAUCGUUGGGGAUUAUUUGGUGAGGCAAAUGGUUGUGGAUGCGGAUAUGAAAGCGUUCAGUAUAUUUCAAGAGUCGAAGGAGCCGAAGGAACAGAGAACGCCGGAGUUGUUGCCGACGAUCCCGACGUUACCGAGUUCGCCUACGUUACCGGAGAUUCCGACAUUUUCGGAACUUGCAUUACCGGAUGAUGUAUGGUCUGGUCCUUCCGAGUCGACGAUAUCAGCACCGGAAACACCGUACUUGGAGUUCUCCGAUUAUCCCAAUAUUAGCGAUCCCGACAUCCCACGGCGCCGCGCAUCGCUGUCCCGGCCUGGAGCUGGGUAUCAGCGUCCUCAUUCAUAUAUGGAUACGGAGAGGGAGAGUUCGAAUUCGUUCAUCGCGCACCCAAAGCCCAGUACAAGGUCGAUAUCUGCUUCGCAUUUGGAUGUGCCGGGUCGUCAUGCGUCUUCGAGGUCGGCGCCUGCAAGGACAUCUGCUCUUACAUCGCAUACCACGUAUCCGUCUUUACAAGCGGAGUUUGACGAUGAUUCAUCUUCGAUUGUGUCGGGGGCUACGUUACGCCAAAGGCACGCACCGGCAGCCCUCCCCGGACGAGCACAGUGUCGGGCUCUACGUCCAUACCGAGCAGAAGGCCGGCGCGAGCAUGGCAUCCCAUUCCUCUCAUUCGACGAAGAUGAACUGUUUGAGGUACACAGGAAGCUGAAUGAGGAGGUGUGGAUGGCACGGAAGUUGGCAGGGGAUGGUGAGAUUGGGUUGAUUGAUACGCUACACGUGAUGGAGUCAGAAUCACGUUGA